AUGCAGUUCGAGCCCGAGUUCCGGUUCGACAUGGACGACAGCUUCACCGGCAUGUGCGGCCCCUGCCCCUCGACCACGGCCAGCUUCUCGUCGGCACCGUCAUCGGCCUACGACCCCUUCACCCCCAGCUCCCGACGGUCGACGCCCAACGAGCUCAGCUUUGACAGCAUCGAGGGCGGCUACAGCGCUCACCAGCCCCUGGACAUGACCCCCCCCUCGGCCAAGUACUUCAUGACGACCCCCGUCAAGCACGAGCAGGAGCACGGCCACCAGCAUCAGCACCGGCACCAGCACCAGCAUCAGCACCACUUCGGCGGCAGCCUCUCCGGCUCGUUACCGACAACUCCGAUGAAGAGGAUCGACAGCUUCUCGACGGAGUACGACCUUCUGGACAUCAACAUGGGCACCAUGACGCCCUCCAACAACCACGGCAGCGGCGGCGCCGUCAACGGCUCCUUCCACAUCCACCACGACGGCACCAUCAGCCCCGAGGCCGCCAUGGGCCCCUCGUCCUACAUGAUGACGCCCACCCAGAGCCUGUCGGGGUCCGACGUGGCCGACUCGUCGUCGUCGUGGAGCGUGCCCAACGAGUCCCCCGUCCACCCUUACUUCCAGCCGAGGGACGGCCUCGUCUCCUUCAACGACAUCGAGUCCCUCGACCUGGACCGUCACUCCCUCUCCCCCAUGUACCAUCCCGGCCACUACCACCCGGGCCCCCCCCCCACGCCCAGCAACGCCCGCCGCGUCGAGCGCAAGAUGAUGCUCCACGAGGCCCAGAGAAAGACGGGCGAGCUCCAGCGAGCCCAGCAGAUCCGUGCCUCCCGCAAGGUGUCGGCCGGCGACGGCCCCUCGUGCGAGCCCGUCGAGUCUUCCAACGGUUCCGUCGAUGUCGUCCGUCGUGCCAUGUGCAAGUGCGACUACCCCGGCUGCCACAAGGCUUUCCGCCGUAACGAGCAUCUCAAGCGUCAUAAGCAGACUUUCCACGGGGAAGGACCUAACCGAUUCUCGUGCGAGUUCUGCGGAAAGGACCAGUUCAACCGCCAGGACAACCUCAACAACCACCGAAAGCUGCACGCCCGUCCCAACAGCCGCAACAGGGGCGUCGAGUUCAUACCCGCCGCCGUGCCCAUCAUCGACCAGGAGGAGCGCAGCCGCAAGAGGAGGGCCCCUCCCAAGUCAAAGGCUGGCCACAAGAGCGAGUACGAUUACUAG